AUGAGAUUCCUUCAACAAGCCAGAUGGAACGACUCCUCCACUCUGAUCCACCCACCAGGGUUCUACAUCAUCGGCUUCACCACACUGCCCUUCGCCAACUUCUACUUCAUCUUCCUCGCCUUCGUUUACGUGGUGACAGUCCUCUUCAACACCAUGUUGAUCUAUAUAAUAACGGUGGACCAUCGCCUCCACAACCCCAAGUUCAUGGCUGUGGGCAACCUAGCGGUGGUUGAUCUGCUGCUGAACACGUGCAUUAUCCCCGGGAUGCUAAAGACGUUUCUCACUAAGGACAAUUUUGUGCCGUAUAAUUUCUGUAUGCUCCAGAUGUAUGUUACCUAUGCUUGUAUUUGUUUGGAACUGAGUGCUAUCGCGGUGCUCGCCUAUGAUCGCUUAGUGGCCAUUUGUUUCCCUCUCAGGCAAUGUACCAUCAACACCAUGAAGAAAAUGUUGUGUAUUCUCGGUUGCCUGUGGACUGUCUGUCUCGGCGUGCCAACAUUCUCCACAUCAAUCAUGACUUGGUUGUCCUACUGCAAUUCCGUUAAUGUCUACAGCUAUUUCUGUGAUUACGCACCAGUGUUUAGGCUAGCGUGUAAUGACAACACCCUGCAAUGGGCCAUGGCUUCAGUCCUGAGCAUACUUUUUCUUACUGGCCCAUUGUCAUUUAUUAUUCUGUCCUAUGUCAGUAUUCUAAUCGCUGUGUACAGGAUGAAAAGUAUGGAGAGUCGCGUGAAAGCACUGGCCACAUGCACAGAGCACAUCAUUCUCGUGGCCAUAACCUUCAUCCCAAUGCUAACUAUUUUCCUGGUCGGGUUACUGGCAAAAGUCAAAAUUGACCCCGACCUGCGUGUGCUCAGCCUAUCGUUGGCUACCUGCACCCUGCCCUGUCUCAACCCUAUCGUCUAUUCUCUGAAAACUAAAGAGAUCAAGAGCAAAGUUGUAGCAAUCCUUUGGAGAGUUAAAGUUCAAGCAGUUAACAUCUGA